AUGUGGGAUCUACAAGAUCUACUGCUCGACCAUGACACGAGACGGGAAGCAAGGUUAACGUAUCGGCAAGAAGAAGACUACCAAAUCGAGAACCGCCAGGGCGAAACCUUUCUUGACAUACAAAAGAAUGUUAACACUGAGCGCCAUAAGAUAGACGAGGAAAUAAAGAAAGCCCAGGACAGGUUUGAGAAGUUGAAACAGGAAGCAGCUGAUACCCUUGAGAAAAUUGAGGAAAUGGUUAGACAGAGAAAUGAGCUAGAGGUGAAAUGCGGCACGCUCAUUGAUUUACAUGCAAAAGAAAAUGAAAUUGAGAUGGAAAUCCUGCGUGAACGCAGGUAUUGUGAAGAUGAGAGUGACAGGCGUGCUCUCAAGGAAGGCAUUGAAGAAUUGUUUGAUGCUCGACCGAGAAAGAGACACCAUGACACUUCUCAGGACAGUUCUACGCCAGCCAAGGCUAAUAGCCCAGACCAUCUGCCUUGCUCUUAA